CUAUAUCUAGAUCUAGAUCUAGCUCUAGUAAAUUAGACACUUGGCUGUCUAUCUACACUUACAAGAAUGGAAGAAGGAAAAAACAUUCCAUCAUGGUUUGAAAAUAAAUCGCAUGAGGAAAUAAAUUCAAAUAGCUUUAAUUUGGAGGAAAUAAAGCCAAAUGUAUCAAACUCAUUUUCGAAAUUAGUGGAUAUGAAAGCAGUUUCAACAUUUUCAACUCUUGUAGACAUAAAGCAAGAUGUUUCAACUAUUGAGGACAUGAAACCAGGUUUUCCAUCUUGUGUGGACAUAAAACCAGGCGUUUCAACUAUUGUGGACAUGAAACCAGGUGUUUCAACUUUUGUGGACAUAAAACCAGGCAUUUCAACUUUUGUGGACAUGAAACCAGGUGUUUCCACUUUUGUGGACAUAAAACCAGGUGUUUCAACUAUUGAUGACACGAAGUUAGGUGUUUCAACUAUUGAUGACAUGAAACCAGGUGUUUCAACUUUAGUAAAUACAGAAAGUAAUAAACCAGAUGAUUCAACAGGACAGCUCAGCAAUUCAAUAGAUUCAUCUAUUUGUAGUGAAAAAGUAACUUAUAUAAAAUCAGAGAUUUACAGUGAUUUAGAGGAAUUAAAAUUAAUGCAUAUAAAGUCUUUAGAAGUAUUAAAUUUAAAUAACAGAAGUUGUUCUGAAGUUAAACAGCAUAAAUGUAAUAUUUGUCAUAAAAACUUUUCCAAAAAAAAAUAUUUAUCUCAGCAUCAAAUAAUUAAUUCUGUAAUUAAGGAAUACAAGUGUGAUAUUUGUCAUAAAAUGUAUUAUCACAAGUGUACUUUAGCAAAACAUAAAAGUUUUCAUUCUGUAGUUGAGAAACAUGAGUGUGAUAUUUGCCAUAAAAAAUAUUCUCGGAAAUCUGGUUUAACUCAACAUAAAGUAAUUCAUUCUGAAAUUAAGGAGUAUGAGUGUGAUAUUUGUCAUAAAAUGUAUUAUCGCAAGAGUACUUUAGCAAAACAUAAAAUUAUUCAUUCUAGGGUUAAGGAGUAUGAGUGUGAUAUUUGUCAUAAAAAUUUCUUUCUGAAAGCUGAUUUAUCUCAGCAUAAAAUUAUUCAUUCUCAAAUUAAGGAGUAUGAUUGUGAUAUAUGUCAUAAACUGUUUUCUAGCAAGGGUAAUUUAAAAAAACAUAAAGUUAUUCAUUCUGGAGUUAAGGAACAUGAGUGUAAUAUUUGUCUUAAAAAAUUUUCCCAGAAAAGUAGUUUAUCUAUGCAUAAAGUUAUUCAUUCUGGAAUUAAGGAGUAUGAGUGUGAAGUGUGUCAUAAAAUGUUUUCUAGCAGGAGUGAUUUAAACAAACAUAAAAUUAUUCAUUCUGGAGUUAAGGAACAUGAGUGUAAUAUUUGUCUUAAAAAAUUUUCCCGGAAAAGUAGUUUAUCUAUGCAUAAAGUUAUUCAUUCUAGAAUUAAGGAGUACGAGUGUGAAAUAUGUCUUAAAAUUUUUUCUUGUAGGAGCUAUUUAAGAAAACAUAAAAUUAUUCAUUCAAGAAUAUAAGUGAUAUUAAUUUUGUCAUCUCAUAUUUUCUCUGAAGUCUCAUUUGACAUAAAAUUAUUUAUUCUAGAGAAAAAUCAUAUGAUUGUAACAUAUGUUUUUAAAAAGUUUCACAUAAGACUUUACAGAAUUCAGCAUUAAAUUAUUUGCUCUGGGCAAAAAGAAUCAUGAAAAAUCCAUUCUUUAGAAAAAGUUCUGUCGGAAGUGUAAAUUAACACACCAUAAAAAUGUUAACUCUUGCAUAAUGGCUGGGAUUGUUUAUUAAUUUUUAAUUCACUUUCUGUUUUUAAACUAUAAGCUCUUCUCCCCUCUACCAUUUUAUUUCUGAACCUAAAAUAAAAUUUUGAAAUCUUUCCAAAAUGUGACUGUAUUAUUCCAUCAUUAAUUUUAAAAAUUAAAACUCAUCAAAUUUCAGUUAUUUUAGUUGAUCCCAUUGUCUGUCACAUGUACUUAAAGGUUAAAAUAACAAUUAAUCUCUUUUGUGUUCAAGACUUGCAAUUAAAAAAAAAUAUCAUGUUCAAUUUUAAUAGAUCAGGCAUUAAAAUUUAAAUCAAGAGUAAAUAGAAAUAGUUUCAUGGAGAAAAAAUAUAUUUUAAAAUUUUGAUUUUGUGAAAUAGAAAAAAAAUAGUGCUGUUUUACGACACAUUAUUUCUGCGUAAAGCAAAGUGAGUCUGGUCUAAAAAAUUUCCUAAAAAAAUUAUUCAUGGUUGGGUCACAUCCCUGUUGAUGUUGAUAAUAAAUGUGUUAUUUUUAUGUUUCAAGUGACUCAAUGUGUUUCUCCCAUAUUGAUCUGCAUACAUAUGCAGUUAAUAUUUUGUCAAUGCAUUUUACUAAGUUUGGUAGCUCUUCUUUUUCCUGCCAUGCUGUAAAAAUAUAUAGUCCCUUUAUAGCUUUUUAAAGCAUCUUACAUUUUUUUCCUCAAGCAGAUAUUGAAGAGGGUGGUUAAAAGCAGACAUUCCUGCCUCACCCCAACUCCGGUUUUUAAACUAUCUAUAAUAUAGCGCUGCUGGCAAUGUGUCAGUCAUCGCUAUAGAUUUUGUAACCAUAAAAGUAAACAUCGCACCAUACAGUGCUUUUACAUUGCACCACAUUGUCUCAUUGUAAGAAAUAGAGUAGGGUUUGUUUGUAUAAAAACUUUUUUCUAGCAGCCACAGUUUUUACACUUUCAAAUAACGUAAAGAAAAUAUUAAAUACAUGCACAUUGCUAAAACUUUUUAAACGGAUCGAUGUUAAAUAAUUUUCACUUAGAUUCCUAGAAAAAUUGGAUACAUUUUAAUAACAGUAGGGUAAAAAAAAAGUAAUUACUUAAAAUAUUUAAUAAUUAUUCCAGGAGAAUUAAUUUUUUUAAAAAUCCUAUAUUACUGUUGUAGUAAACUGUGCUUGUUGUUUGGUCAUACUCAUUUUGAUUUACUUUAGUUUGAUGUAUGUUUAGUGGCCCAAAGUACAUCAUGCCAUUCAUUAUCAAAAGCCUUCUUGAAGUUUAUAUUUAAUAAUUUUUGACACACUUCAAAAAUAAACAAAAAAAAGAUUGGUUAGAAAUCUUAGGGAGUUUUCACACAUUAUUACAACCAUCACUUCUAAACAGACCAAGAGCGUUCUGUCGCCCUAAGCUGAGAAGUGUUAAUGUACAGUUGAUUUACUGAAGUGUAUUAUCAAAUUAUUAUUGUUCAAGUCGAUUUACUGAAGUGUCAUAUCAAAUUAUUAUUGUUCAUUUUUCAAUUUAUUUCAUUUAAUCUCUUUACCAUUGUAAAUAAAUUGUAUUCGUAGUUGGUUAUUGAUUGGUUGUGUACAGUUUCAGUGUUUCUGUUUAAUGUUAAAUAAUUGAGCCAAGCAUUCUUACACAUUUUGAUCUGUAUUUAGAAUUAGAUUUAUUCACAAUGUAAAGCAACACUGAAAAUUAGUACAAUACAAAGAAACUUUUAAAUAUUUUAAAUAUAUGUUAAUACAGAAAUGCACUUAGUAUAUCACACAUUUUAAUUACAUGUCAUUUACUGUUAAUAUUCUAGUAUGAUGUGUCUCACUUCAAAAGCAGCUUAGUACAAUAUAAAGUAUCAUUUCAAACUUUAUGGUCCAUGUGGCAGGUAAAGUAGAGCUCACCUGUUUCAGUGACCUCGGUAUAUGAACGGUUAAUGUUGUCAGCACUGUGCCCAGAUAUCUUUACUUUCUCUAACAUUAUUCAGCAUCAGAACUCAAGAUUUUCAGGUUAGCAGUCAAACGCUCUACCGUUCUGCCACAACAUCAUAUAAUAGUUACAUGUAUACCAUACAACACCUCAACACAAUUUAAUUAUAAAUUUUAAAAAUACUAAUGUUCAUGUGUAUGUAUGUACAAGGAAAUUCAAAUUUGAUGUUUGAAUUCCAAAAUACUUAUAUAUUUGAUAUCUAUUACUCUCAGAAAUUAAGUCACAUAUUCAAAACAAUUAUUUAUUCCUCUAUGAUCCAUAAUUAAUUAUCCAAAUUUCUCAUUUAUAUAGUGAUUUUUUGUUUGUAUCAAACCCUGAAUGGAAGUGCAUUACCAAUGACAAUGGUUCAAUCUAUGUAUGGGAAGUUUUAUUUUUAAAGAAGAUAAGAUACUCAGUAGAGCUAAAGGUAUUAACAAUUGUAUUUAUAUAAGGAGGACACUUGUCAGAUAGUAGAGAUUACUACUGCUAACCCAAAAGUGUAGUUUUGUUCACAGGUUUGAGACUGUCCCUGAGUUCAACCAGCUUUAAUGGGUACCUGACUCAUGACACGGAAAGUACAGACUGCUUGGCAUAGUGCUGACAACACUAUCUGUUCAUAUGCAGAGGUCAUUGAAACAGGUUAACUCUACUUCAUCUGCCCCAUGUGUCUUAGGCACGAACAGGAAAAGAUGAUAAUUUAAAAAGCACGAUCUAAAAUGACAAUUGUAUUUAUUCGACAAUUUAGAACACUAUCUGUUUUACUACUAUGGGGCAGAGUGGCCUAGCGUUAGAGAGCUGGACUGCUAACCUGUAAGUCUUGAGUUGGAUCUGGAAUCCGGGUUCAAGUCAGUAGAUCAUCCCUGAAUCCACUCAGCUCUGAUGGGUAAGUUAGAGUAAGUAAAGGCGGCUGGGCAUAGUGCCGACCACACUUUCCCUUCAGAAACAAGUGAACUCUACUUCACUAGCCCCAUAGACCGUCAGGUUUGAAAGAGAACUUUACUUAACUGUUUUACUACUACCAGCAAUUUAAAUAUGUAUAGGUUACAUGGUAUACAACUUUAUUUUAAUAUGUAGCAGAGUUUGAGUUGUGUGUUUAUGAGUGGCAUGUAUUUAUAUUGGUAUUUUUUUUAGUCAGUUUAGGUUUAGUAUGCCUGGGUUAGUGACUUGUAUUUAGUUUGUUUUCAAGUUGAUGUGAUUGUUA